AAAAGGGAUUUUAGCUGUUGGAAGUAGCAACUGGAGGCACAUCAAGCAUCCUCUAUUCAGUGGUCAAGUCCUCAAACGCUUUGUGAGCAGUGGAAAUUUUUGCAUCUGGAAAGCUCUCCUGAGCUACACUCUUCAGUGCCAAAAUUGAUUCCCGCAGAAGGACGGAACAACCCCACGGAACAAAUGUCAGCUUUCAGCAUACGAAAGCAGUCUCCUAAUCAAAGUGAUAAGAAGAGCCCCUCUGUUGCAAUUAAAAGCAGACAACAGGCUACUCAUGAUAGUAAUAAACGACGGACCCUUUUGCAAGACAACAGCUGGAUAAAGAAGAGGCCUGAGGAGGAAAGUGCUGAUGAAAACUACGGAAGGGCUGUGCUUAACCAAUACAAGUCCCAAGAUGGUCUACACAGCAGUACAACAACUGAAAAGGAAGAUCAGAAAGCUGUAAUUGGACGAUACAAAUCUGAUACCACAUUGGACAGAAUUCCAGCUGGAAGUGAUCCUGAUAAAAUAAAUAAAUCCCCAACUCUGAACCAUAAGCAAAACAACAGACAAUCUUGGACUCCUAACGCAGCAUCAACAAACACUCCAGUCAUUUCUCCAAUCAAGAAAAAGAGGCAAUCUUGGAUGCCUCCCCCAGUUUCGAGCAGUAAGACUCCAACAGAAACAGUGGAAAGCAAACGAACCACUUCAGGAAAUUCAGACGCUUCAACAACGGCUGCCCUUUCAUCAGAACAGGCGACUCCUCAGAAAUCAAAGACUGAUGUGGACAAUCAGGCUACAGCAAGGAACCAAGACCUCAAUAACCUCAGCAAAGGAAAUCGAACUUCUUUCACAAGCGACAAGGAAGGAAAAGACCUUUCUGAUUUGACUGAAAAACAUACUGCUGAUCAGAAAAAUAAGAGAGAUGAGGACCUUGGGGAUCAUACUGAAGCAAAGUCUGCCGGUGACCAAAGUAAAAAGUGGAUAAUUGAGAAAGCAUGUGAAAAUCCUCCAAGGGCUCCAAACAAUCUCCCAGAAACAAACUACUCUAGUGACAGUGAAAGAAAGACCAGCAAAUCAUCACUUGGUGCCUAUGAAGAAAAUACAACUGGAAAUACUAUCAAAACUGUUUAUUCCACUUCUGAUCGGUAA